AACACACCUGAACCAUUACUAGCAGCAGCAGCAGUAGCAACUAAAAGCAACCUUUGCAGCCAACUGCGCAACGUAGAGAAUGAUUCAUCAACGUUCCUCGCCCGUCCUACUUCGCCACCUUCUUUGUAGCGUUUUCUGCAGCCUACUGGCGCUGCACAGCGCUAUUGCGGAAACCCUGCUAGAGGCCGGCAGCAGAUGCGGAGUUCCUGACGCCACCUGCAGAGAAGGACUAGUCUGUGUUUCCGAGACUCCCGGCUCGACCGUAAAAAUUUGCAGAGAUUCGAACCGUACUCCCUGCGAUACAGAGCAAUGUCCUCGAGUAUGGUGUGGUCCCAACCUGCAGUACGUGCCCGAGAGUGAAUGCUGCCCGGUGUGCCCUCCCCUCCCCACCAUCCACACUCCAACCACCACUACCAGCCCCACCGGAUGCUCAGAGAACGGAAUCCACCACCAGGAGGGAGAGACCUGGGAGAGAGACAGUUGCACAUCUUGCACCUGCGAGGCCGGAGUUCCACUCUGUACCUCCAUCCAGUGUUACGUACCGGACAACUGCGAGGAACUAGUCCUCAAUCUCGGCCAGUGCUGCCCCACUUGCGUCUCUAUUGCUGCUCCCCAGCCGGCCGCUCCCCAGUGCGUGGAGGACGGACAGACACACGAAGAAGGAGAGAGCUGGAGUCGCAACGGUGACCCCUGCACCACCUGCUUCUGCGCCGACGGAGAGGUUCUCUGUGUGUCCCGAAGCUGCUACGUGGAGUGUGAAAACCCUCAAUAUCUUCCCGACACUUGCUGCCCCAUCUGUCCAGCUGACCUGCAGGUUCCAGUGGCCACGUCUCUCCCUCCACCUCCCCCUCUCUCGAUUGUCCUGGUGUCUCCCCCCACCUACUGUGAGGACAGUGGUCAGAUCUAUGAGAACGGAGCGACCUGGAAUCCCAACGGAGACCCGUGCAUCUCCUGUCAGUGCGAGGAGGGGCUCACACUGUGCCUCGCCCGAGCAUGCUUUGCCGAGUGCGAGUCCGCAGACCAAGUUUUUCUCCCCGGUGUCUGCUGCCCUCUCUGUCCAGGAGAUGAAGGUUAUCCAACCAGUGGACCUGCUCCUACAUCUCGCCCAACACCAGCAGUUACAGAGUCUAUCAGCGUACCCUCGACUGCAACGUCCGACAUCGCACCAACCCCCACUCCACUGCCACCCAGUGCUGAAACUACCACCACUAGUGCCCCUACAAUCACUACACCCACCUCAGAGCUGCCUUCUGCGGCCACCACCACCACAACUGCUGCCACCUGUAAGGACGACAACGGAGCAGAGCAACCUGAUGGAGCGUCUUGGUGUCCAUUGCCACACGAGAAGGCAACCUGUGUUUCGGGAAUCAUCUCCCUCACUGAGCACCACUGCCCGGAGUUGAACUGCCAGGCACAAAGGUGGACUCCAGGAUCAUGUGACUGCCCUGUGUGUCCUGAUGGUGAACUUGAGACGGUUGUGGUAUCGGCAGUCCUGGACAUGGAGUACAGUCACUAUCUCACAGAUGGAGAUUCUGUCCAGAAACAGCUCAGAGAAGCUCUCGCUGGCCUCGGUCUGGAAGUGGUU